UAUUACUUUCUUACUUAUUAUAGUCUUUCUAAUGACCAUUUCUGAUAAUGCCUCUGAUGCUGGAACAUGCUUUUGAUCAAUGUGUGUAGAUUCAUUAGUGGUAGUAAAAUAGUUGACAUUUAUUUUAAUCAUCCCAGGAAACAGGAAGGCAUGUGUUUGACUUGUGAGUUGAGAAAUCUCCAAAAGGGAGUUUUUGGUGUUGACCACAAGAGAGAUGAAGACUAGGGAGGAGUUGUUCAGAUUGUCACCUUGUAGAACCCAGUUGUUAAACAAAAUUUCUGAAUAUUACUAGUUGGUUAAUUGAGCGUGAAUCAUGGAGAUGGGUGAAUAUGUAAAUGUACCUGAGGCGAAAAAGAAGAUCUUAGACACUCGACCAUUACCAGGAAGUUGGGUCAUCACAGUAGUCGCUGUGAGCUUUGGGCUGCUGUGUGUCCUGCAAGUGUCCCUCAACAUCUCUCUACGCCUCAUCUAUUGGAGAAAUUGGACGGACGAGUCACAAAUUAACCAGACUGAGGAGAUAGACCAAUUACAAAUCAGUUAUGAUAAACUGUCCAAUGAAAAAGGAAUGUUACAAAUCAGUCACAACAGCCUUGAAAACGAGAAAAAAACAUUACAGACGGAGAUAAUGAAAUUAAAUUCCAGGAUAAGGUCAUGUACACUGUGUGACCACGGAUGGACAAGGCUGGACUCCAGCUGUUACUACAUCUCAACUGAGCAGAAGACCUGGGAGGAGAGCCGUCAGGACUGCACACAAAGGGGAGCACGAUUGGUGAUCAUAAACAGUGAACAGGAACAGACAAUUCUGACUGAACUGAAACUACGUGUCUGGAUUGGUCUAUCUGACAUCUCAAAAGAAAUAUGGCAAUGGGUGGAUGGUUCCUCAGUGAGCAAUGUGUACUGGACCGUGGGAGAGCCUAACAACUUUGAGGGAAAUCCAGAAGGUUGUGUUGAAAUUCGACCACUGAGGGAUGAUAAUAAUAUAAUGAAUUGGAAUGAUGAACGAUGUCACUUCCGAAGAAACUGGAUUAAUCCAAUAAUAUCAGCAAGUAUCAUGGAGAUGGAUCAGUGUGUAAAUGUACCAGAGGGGAACAAGAAGAACACAGAUACAGGACCAUCACCAGGGAGUAAGCUCUUCACAGUAGUCGCUGUGAGCUUUGGGCUGCUGUGUGUCCUGCAAGUGUCCCUCAACAUCUCUCUACGCCUCAUCUGUAGCUUAUGUGACCACGGAUGGACAAGGCUGGACUCCAGCUGUUAUUACAUCUCAACUGAGCAGAAGACCUGGGAGGAGAGCCGUCAGGACUGCACACAAAGAGGAGCACGCUUGGUGAUCAUAAACAGUGAAAAGGAACAGGAACUUCUGACUCUAUUGAACAUACGUGUUUGGAUUGGCCUGUGGGACAAGGACUCAAAUCGAGUGUGGAAGUGGGUGGAUGGUACCUCACUGGGCAAUGGAAGGUACUGGAAAGUUGGAGAGCCUAAUAACUAUAGGGGAGCGUCAGAGGACUGUGUCGAGAUACGACCAGAGAAUGAUGGAUUAAUUAAUUGGAAUGAUGACACAUGUUCCUUUCAAAAGAACUGGGUUUGCGAGCAUUAAGAUUUACACUGUGUCAUGGUGGCAGGGAACAUAGUGCGUGCUGUAACUGAGGAUGACAUUCAGAAGAGAAAGGGAGAAAUAUAUUUUAUUAAAAAGUGCAAAAGUUUUACUCUUUAAUCCAGUGUUCUGGUGUGUAUGCAUACAUCCACACACCAGGGGAAUUCCACAGCUUAGCCACAGCUCAAAAUGGUCCUAAACAAAAACUCUGUUGGCUUUAUAUAUGAAUGAUUGUGAAUUGUUGGUAAAUACUCAACAAUGUUAAUGUACCUACUGAGAAAGGAUCCCUUUGUUUAGCGGAGUAAUGUGUAGCGGGGUGUGGUCGUUUAAGAAUAGAUACACAUCAUCUAUAAUCAAGUAUUGAGUUAUCGGGGAACCACCACACCCUGCUACUAAUCCUACUAAUGUCUGAAUGCUAUAUCUGGAAACAAAUCUCGACAACAUGUUACAAGGGAAAGUACAUGAUGCUUGAUUAAUGCUUGCUUGGAGAGUAACUAAACAGUCCCACCUGUAGUUGUAUUCCACCUCUUCCUAUUAACUCAAGGUGCUUUCAGGUUGUGGGUGGAGGAUUUUUUUCAUGAAUAAUCCUUUUGGGGCUUACAGAAACACUUGAAAGAAUUCCUUCCAUCUCAGUGAUGAUGUACACCAAAAGAGCAUCUCUAUGUCAACAUGUUUUUCAAAUGUUUAUCACUAGGGCAAAAAGAUCUGGGAUUUACCAAAAAAUUAACCACAAACAAUAUUUGUUUACAUUGCAAACAAUGAAUGGAGUAAAAGACCAGGACUUAGUGUUUAGUUACUCUUAAAUGUGCAGACUUUAAUGUUAAAAUCAGCACUUUCAACAGCCCUCUGUCUGUUUGAAAGUUAAAUUACUUUCAAGGAAACUUGCUGCACCUGCUGCGACCUGCAACUCAAUCAUCUUAGAUGAUUAAAUCCUCCUUGCCUUGUGAUCAUAAAUAAAUAACUACAUGAGAAAAGAUGACAACACAUUUUGUAAUAACUCACACACAAACUGUCACAGACUUUUUCUUGAUUACCUAUGAGAAAAAUAAAUGAUACCAUUAAAUUCCAACAGCUGUGAUUUUAGAAAACACAACCUAUUUCAUUCCAUUCCAAGAAUCUCUGACCAAAUUGUAUGUACAUUUUACGUUCCCAUGUCAUAUAAUGCUUUCAAACGUACCUAGCAGCAGAAAAUAUCAGAAUAAAUGUCUGAAAUAUGCAUAAAGGCUACAAAUCAAAUUUA